UCCCGAGUGGGCGUGGCCUGCCUCGCGGCGGGCGCGGAGCGGCGCGGGGGCGCAGGAUGAGGGCGCGUCCCCGCGCCAUGGAGGGCUUCGCCGCCCGCGGCUACGGCACCGGCGGCCCCGACAACCGGCCGCUCUUCGGGGAGACCUCGGCCAGGGACCGAGUCAUCAAUCUAGUUGUUGGCGGCUUAACGUCCUUGCUGCUUGUAGUCACCCUAAUCAGUGCUUUUGUCUUCCCGCAACUACCUCCAAAACCUGUGAAUGUAUUUUUCGCUUUCUGCAUCUCCUUGUGUUGCAUUUCCGCUGGCAUACUUAUCUACUGGUAUCGACAAGGAGACCUGGAACCUAAAUUUAGGAACCUAAUUUACUAUAUAUUAUUUUCUAUCGUCAUGUUAUGUAUAUGUGCCAACCUGUACUUCCAUGAAGUGGGUAAAUGAUGGACAUUGGAGAUACC